UCCUGAGAGCGGGGUUCAGAGCAGCCAGUGUCCCAUCUGGCAGGAAGCACUCUGCAUUCUCAGCGACGUGCCUUGAGUGGACAAAUCAUGCUGAUUGUGUGGGAGAGAAACCCAGUGCUGCUUCCAAGAUGAAGGCAGAGAGGGAGGCAUCAUGCAAAGAGACAGCCGUUCCUUCACUGUUUUUUCUCCUAUGGCUUUUCAUCUUUACUUUGGCAGGUGUAUGUGGGGUGAACAUCAGCUGUCCGUCUCCUCUAGUGCGAGGUACGCUAGGAGGCUCAGCCCUUCUCUCUGUGUCCUACACCAGCACCAGUUCUGACAAGCCUGUUAUUAAGUGGCAGCUGAAGCGGGACAAACCUGUCACUGUGGUCCAGUCCAUUGGUACAGACAUCAUUGGGAACCUAAGACCUGAGUACCGCGGCAGAAUCCUACUGUACGAGAACGGCUCCCUGCUCCUGCAUCACCUGCAACUGUCAGACGAGGGCACCUAUGAGGUGGAGAUCUCCAUCACUGAUGAUACCUUCACUGGGGAGCGAUACGUCAACCUCACCGUGGAUGUUCCAGUGUCCAGGCCUUUUGUCCACAUUGCGGCCUCAUCCGUCCUAGAGCUGACUGAGCUCUUCAUACUCAACUGCACUCACGACAGUGGCACCAAACCUACCUAUAGCUGGCUGAAGGGCGGGAAAUCUUUAACCAAUGACUCACGUCUGCUCCUGUCACAUGACCAGAAGGUCCUGACCAUCUCCCGUGUUGUGAUGUCAGAUGACGACGUCUACAGCUGUAGGGUGGAGAACCCCAUCAGCAGUAUGAAGAGCCUGCCUGUCAAACUCACUGUUUACGGACGGAGUUCUCUCUACAUCAUCCUCUCCAUGGGAGGCAUUUUCUUACUCAUCACCUUGGUGACAGUGUGCGCCUGUUGGAAACCCUCCAAAAAAAAAAGGCAAGAGCUUGCCGGACAGAGCAGACAAAAUGUAGCAGAGCAGAACAACGGCAAUCAUGAGGUUGAUAUAUUGCCUGCUAGAAAUUACCAGAACCGUCGGAACCCAGGUGGACUAUAUGUCCUCAAAGAAACGAUAAAUGGCGUUCUGCAUGAGUAA